CUGAAAUCUUCUGUAAAAUAUUACUGUAAGUCUUUAUGUGAGCACAUUUCUACUUAACGUCAUCAUUUGACCAAAAAAAAAAAAAAACGUUAAUUUCAGCCAAACUUCAAAACUUUAUCUAGAAAUGUAAUUUCCGGUUUGAAAAAAGAUUAGGUUCUAAAUCCAGUGACGUUAUAGGAUUUUCAAUAAAUAAAAAUACUAUUUAAAUGAAUCUGUACUAAAGUUUGGGUAUGGAAAGAUUUUUUUCCCUCCAGAAAUCUGAAACUACUUUAACUCAGAGGGUUUAAAUGGCUUUAUUUUGAAACUCCUGACCGGAAGCGCGCGUGUCUGCUGGCGCUUCGCGAGGUGAAGCAGCUCCAGGAUUCUGAUCGGGUCGGAGAGCAGAAGAGGAGGAGGAGGAAGGAGCUACUGAACAAACAUCUGCAGAAGUUUGAAAAUCUGCAAAAAUAAAAAGUUCGGAUUAUCGCAGCAGCUGAUCGGAUUACCGCCACUCUCCCUUUUCCCGCUCAGAGCCAAAGAUCUCCGCGCAGCUUCUGCACAUUGAUGAUGGAGAAGUACGAGAAGAUCGCGAAGAUCGGGGAGGGCUCCUACGGAGUGGUCUUCAAGUGCAGGAACAGAGAGACGGGGCAGAUCGUGGCCAUCAAGAAGUUCGUGGAGUCCGAAGAUGAUCCGAUCAUCAGGAAGAUCGCGCUGAGGGAGAUCCGGAUGCUGAAGCAGCUGAAGCACGCCAACCUGGUCAACCUGAUGGAGGUGUUCCGGCGCAAGCGCAAGCUCCACCUGGUGUUCGAGUACUGCGACCACACCGUCCUCAACGAGCUGGACCGCCAUCCCAGAGGCGUUCCUGAACAUCUGGUCAAGAGUAUCACCUGGCAGACGCUUCAGGCCGUCAACUUCUGCCACAAACAAAACUGCAUCCACAGAGACGUGAAGCCGGAGAACAUCCUGAUCACCAAGCAGCAGGUCAUCAAACUCUGCGACUUUGGCUUCGCCCGGAUCCUCACCGGGCCCAGUGACUACUACACGGACUACGUGGCCACCCGCUGGUACCGGGCCCCCGAGCUGCUGGUGGGGGACACGCAGUACGGCCCCCCCGUGGACGUCUGGGCCAUCGGGUGUGUUUUUGCCGAACUCCUGUCGGGAAUUCCUCUGUGGCCCGGGAAGUCCGACAUGGAUCAGCUGUACCUGAUCCGGAAGACUCUUGGUGACCUGACUCCUCGGCACCAGCAGGUGUUCAGCACCAACCAGUACUUCUGCGGACUCCCCAUCCCAGAACCGCAGGAGCGGGAACCUCUGGAGCAGAAGUACCCCAACCUCUCCCAGCAGACUCUGAGCCUCAUGAAGAGCUGCCUGAAGAUGGACCCGUCCGAGCGGCUGAGCUGUGAGCAGCUCCUCCAGCACCCGUACUUCAGCUGCAUGAGAGAGAGGAGCCAGAGCUCGUCGCAGGAACCGGACCGGCCCGGAAACAAGAGGACCCGCCUCCCCCGCAGGCCCCUCCCCCCCGGGUCUCUGCCGCAGCUGACCGGCAGCAGCAUCUUCCCUUCUCUGAACACCAAAAAGUACCACAACCUGCGCAGGUUCAACUACCACCUACCGAACAUCUGAGCCGCUGUGGCCACGCCCCCCAGAGCCCCACCUACACCUUUUACCUGCCUAUGCACACCUGAGGAUUUCUGACAAAGAGCCGCCGCGCUCUGCCUGUGAGCAGACUGAGGGUUCAACUCCCGUGUAGCGCUUUGCCCCUUUUGCCAAAUGUGUUUCUAGAACGGGCUCCAAUAGAGCAGCAGACUAGAUAUUUGUCACAUAGACCCAAACUGGAACGUUUCAGACAUAUUUAUUCACGGCACUCACAAAUAUUCAACCUCUUUCUCAGCAGCAGAAAUCCCUCGCCGUAAUUUAAUGAGAAAUGCCAAAAACUGAAGAUUUUCACUCACUGCUUGUCUGAUGUAGAAAUCUCUAAAUAAAGUUCAGAAAACUGAAAA